GAGCUCACCCCGAGGGUGCGUUUUGAUUGUCGUUUCGAUUGUCGUUUCAUUUUGUUGGUCUGAGCACACAAGACAGAAAGUGAACCGCUGCUGAAAUGUAUCAAUAGGAGGAGCUGGCCCCCUGGAGAACGGGCUUGCUACGAACUGAAUUAGUUGACGCUCUGUUUUACGUUCUUUUGUCUUUGUUAUUUAAAUUUGAGGCAGGGGGAAGGUGUCCGUUUAUUAAUUUCAUGUUUGUGUAGUUGCGCUCUCUCUCUCCACGCGGCAACCAACGCCGUUUCCCGGAAUUGGCGCAUCUCACAUUUGAGAUGAUGGAGUGGGUGAAGGGUCCGAGAAGGUGGUGAAGGGUUCGAAUAACGAUGCACCAAACAUAACCGGGAGUGGGCAGAUGGAGGAGGAGCAACAGAAGGUGGAGAGGUUGCUGAAGGUGAAACGAAAAGAGAUUCUGAGGAAGAGGAAGGAGCUGGCCGAGGCCUGGGAAAUGCAGAGAGAGCUGUGGGCGCGGGAGGAAGAGCAGACCGAGCAGCAGAGGAGGAGAGAGAGGGAGGAGAGGGUGGAGGAGAGGAGGGCCCUGGCCACGGCAUGGGAGACGCAGAGGGAGCUGUGGGCGGAGGAGGAGGAGGCCCUGAAGGGGCGGAUGAGGGCAGAGAGGGAGGAGGCGGAGGGGAGAAGGACCGAGCAUGAGACGGCGAUGAAGCAGCACAAAGAGCGUCUGAGCCAGCUGAGGGAGGAGAGGGAAGGGAUGGAGAGAGAGAUGGAAGAGAUGAAGGAGGCGCUGCGGGUGGAGAGAGAAACAGGCGGAGGGGCUCAGGGGAGAGAGAGAGAGAGAGCGAAGGCUUAGCACCGGAGGAGGGAACUGAAGAGCUAUGUGAGGAGGAUCUGGACAGAGGGGAGAAACCUGAAAGGCUUCUUCACCGUGCUACUGUCUAAAAGUCACAGACAAGUCCGUUAAAUAAACUAGGCCAUUUUGA